UGCAACUUGCGAGCUCCAAAGUCGAAACCUUUAGAGCUAUGGCGCUCGUGUUAUCUUCUCCCAUAGUCUCUCCACUAAGAAACAACAUCGACAUGAGUAAGAAUCUGGGCGUUUCCUACUCUUCUUUCCCCAAAGUUCACGUCUUCAGGGUCUCUACUCCACUCCGUACUCGGAAACCCGUCGUCACCGUCGUCUCAAGCCGUAAAAAUAUAGGAACAGGUUUGGCAAGCGAGGAUAAGAAGUUGCUGCUGGAACGAUAUGGUUAUGAUGCUAAUGAGUUUUCCUCUCAAUCCAAGAAGACGAGAAGAAAAGAGGAGGAAAGGAGUGGGAGGAAUAGUCAAAAAGAGGAAGAAGUUGUUGUACAGCCAAGAACAACUCAUAGGUUACUUCAGGUUCUUGCAGGAACGGCGAAACGGAAGAAGUUGCUUUCUCUUAAGGGAAUGGAUGUUAGACCUAUGAUGGAAGUUGUCAAAGGUGCAGCUUUUGGAAUUCUCCAGGCAGCUGGUGGUUGUCCAACGUCUUUACGUCCUGGGAGGUGGUUGGAUUUGUACAGUGGUACAGGAUCCGUUGGAAUCGAAGCAAUCAGCCGAGGAUGUUCUGAGGCACACUUUGUUGAGAUGGAUCCUUGGGUUGUUUCAAAUGUUCUACAACCAAACUUGGAACACACUGGGUUUGUUGAAGAUUCGGUUAUACACACUGCUCGUGUCGAAAACUUCUUGGAACGUGCUGAUAAAUUAGUAGGUAAGGAUGGAGCAUUUGAUUAUAUCAGCGUUACACCACCGUACAUGGAGGUUGAUUAUGCGGUUCUGAUGGAUCAGAUUUCUAAGUCAGCAGCAAUUGGCGAGAAUACAUUUAUUGUGGUUGAGUACCCUUCACGAACCACAAUGCUCGAUUCAUGUGGAUGCCUUGAAAAGAUGACUGAUAGAAGGUUUGGCCGGACACAUCUGGCAAUAUAUGGACCAAAAUGGGCUCAAAAGCCAAGAAAAUCGUGAAUCUCAGCAGCCUUUUUCUAGUUUAAAGGCAUUGAACAGAGGCUGGGAUUAAAGAGCUAUAGUUUGUUCCAACCUUCUAAUACUAGAGUAACUUGUUUUAGGUGAUGCUAAAUUUGAGAGUUUGAGAGUUGAGAUGCUUCUGCCAUAUGAUACAAGAUCAUUUCCGGCUCUUCCUGUCGCAUUCUCUUACUGUCUCAGGGUAUAUUUUUGCAGGUGCGUUUGUAAUUGCCAUUUUGUUUGUUGCCAAUUCCUAAGAUGGAGAAAGUUGCAAUCUUAUGAUUUUCUAAAUUCGGUAAUGGAGUGUAUGUCCCCUAUUUGUUUGUGAAGCAGAAAUAUAGUUGUAACACACUUUGGGAUAUGAUAUCAGUUAGAGUUUUCUCUUUUUCCCAUUACAUAUGGCUUCUUUUGACCCCCUUAUGCGUGAGAGAGCAACUUGGUACAUAUCAUUUCUAUAUAUAAUGUAUGAUAUACAUCAAUAAGCAUCCUAAGCAUUUCCUCUAACUUAAACAAAACCUUUAUGAAAGUGACGCAACUGAGGUAUGUGUGGGAAUCCUU